ACGGCAUCAUCUCAAAGAAGUCUUGAGCAGCAAGCCAACUCCGACACAGGGAGACUGCGCCCAACGCAUCGUUCGAAUCAGGGCCUCAAGCUAUGAUGGAACAACCAAGCUCUUACGAUGGCGCUAGACCCGGUCGACCAGCUUCGUACAUGGGAUUCACUAGACGUCGAUACUUCUUCUGCCUGGUGUUCCUCACGUCCAUCGUCGCCUUACUCUACUACCGGUCGCCCCUCUCAACUUUACCGAGACAAACAUCGGCUUACGGACAGACUGAACAGAAGGAAGACUCAGAAUUCUCGCCGUUACGCAUCCCCUGGACGCCUAGGCAACGCAGCAUUCUCGCUUGUCAAGGUCCCUACACGCCUUCCUUCCUGAACUCUACUCCGCCCUUGGCGGCGCCACCUGAAGAUGCGCAAGGUCGGCCAUACGACUUGAUCGGGGUUGUCAUCCUGCAACGACACACAGCCAGAUACCCCACUACCAAAGCUCUCGCCAAGAUUUUACAUGCGCUGAACAAGAUCGAGAGGCUCCCAUCCGUCGCUUCAGGAGGCCAAACUCGCAGCUUGGAGGACUACGUCAAGUUUGUGGAGAGCUGGAAGUCAAGAGCGGGAGAACUUACAGAUGAAGGCCGGAAAAUCGCCCAUGAGUUCGGACUUCUCUACCGAGCUCGGUAUGCUGGACUUCUCGAUGCGCAUGCUGAGGAUGGACCUGCGGUUUUCGUUCGAUCUAGCGGAUCGGGAAGAGUGGUUGAGACAGCUGGAUACCUGAUCAAUGGUAUGAUGAACCGAACUUUCCACAUCGGGAACAAGGGUGACUUGCCCAAGCCGGAUGUAGUUUUCCCGGCCGGGAAGCCCGCCGAAGGUAGAAAUCCUAUUGGUGAAAGCGAGAGUAUCGGUCCCGAGUACGAUCAUUACGCUGCGAUCGGUUCCCAAACAUCCCGCUCGUACCUACACACAUGGGCUUCGAGCGUCUUGCCCCAUCUGCGGCGGAUACUGGGAGAGAAGCCCGGCGAAACGUUGCAAGGAGUCGAUGCGUUGGCUCUGAUGAGCUUGUGUGCCUUUGAAACGCAACAACCGAUCACCGGACUAGGAAUGGCAGUGCCGUGGAGCUCAUGGUGUGACACUUACCGAUCGCUCGGGGACGAGAGAGAAUUAGCUAUAUGGGAGGGGUAUGCUAAAUGGUACGAUGUUACCAAGUGGCAUAUAAGAGGACCGGGUAAUCCAGCGGCGGCCAAGGGUGGACUUCCAUGGGUCGGGGACCUUGACCAGCGUGUGAAAGAUCUCGGUUCAGCAUCGAACGACAAGGAUGAGACGCUCUCAAAUCCAGGGCCUCGGGUAUAUAUUGAUGUUGGCCAUUUACACUGCUCUUGGGAUUCUCUAUGACAGCCCAGACAACUAUAAUCAGGGUCGAUUGAGUCCUUUCGGCAUGGUUUUGACAGUAGACAUAUACAUUUCAAAUGACGGG